AAUGACUUGAAGUGCGCGGCUUAGGGUAUGCUGAUUUUGAGAGAGCUCUUCGAUUCGGCUCAGUACUGUGUAAUAAGCGUCUGCUUAUUAAUAAAAACAAAAUAUAAUGUGUUAGUCCAAGAGCUGUUUAUUGAUUAAAUGAAUCUUGUCGGACAAAAUGAGCGAUAAUGAAGAUGAUUUUGUGACUUUUGGAAAUGCAUUAGAGCCGUUGGACGAAGAAAAUCUACCAAGAAAAAAACCAGUCACAGUUGAAGAGCAAUUUGCAUACGAUGCACAAGGCAGAAGAAGAUUCCACGGAGCAUUCACAGGUGGUUUCUCUGCUGGCUACUUCAACACUGUUGGUACUAGAGAUGGCUGGCGUCCACAACAAUUCAAAUCGACAAGAGCAAGUAAGGCUGGUAAUGUUGUUCAACGCCCCGAAGAUUUCAUGGAUGAGGAGGAUACUGGAGAGUUUGGCAUUGCACCAACUGCUAUUAGGGCUACUCAAGACUAUAGUGAUCAGGCUAAUAAAGGUACUAAAAGAGAACAUGCUAAGGAUAGUACUGGGCCUAUUCCUGGUACUCCAGUAUUAAAAGAUAUCCUUAAACCAGUCAAAGAGCGAGUUGGAGUAACUUUGCUUAAGAAGAUGGGUUGGAAACCAGGUCAGGGUGUAGGACCACGACUGACUAAGCAACAAAAGAAACAACAAAAGCAAAGACGAGAAAAAAUAAAAAUUUAUGGCUGUGCUUUACCUAAUCAACAAGAAAAAGAUAGUGAGAGUGAGUCAGAAGAUUCAGACGAGUAUGCUGAUAUUACUUUUGCCCCAGAUGAUUACGAACCUUAUAGGUGUAACCCAAAAGAUAAUUAUUUUGGGAUCGGCUACAGUGGCCUAGAUCGACGACCGAUCUUGGGUCAGCACAUUAAUUUGUUUGAUCCACCAGCAUUUAGUAUCCAAGAUAAAAAUAAAAAGCUCUCUAUCAAAGGUCAAGCUUUCGGUGUGGGAGCAUUUGAAGCUGAAGACGAUGAUAUUUAUCAUCGCGAAGAUAUGUCGCGUUACGACUUUGCUCUUGGACCCGAAAAAAAGAAGAGCCGAUGGUCAAAAGAAGAGAAGCAGAAGAAAGAUUGUAUUGAGGGUUUUAUAUUAUGUAAAGAGCCACUGACGCAAAAAAAAAUUUUUCCCGCACCCGCGCUGCCUAAGGACUUUCAACCAGUACACAAAGUUAAGAAGAGUAGGUUUUCACCUCUUGUUACUGAUAAAAGUCAUAGCAAACCUCAGAGGUAUGAAAUGAACGCAGAAAGUAGAGCGAAAAUCAUUAACGACGACAGACCGAGUAUAAUAGAUUCCACGAAAGGAGAAAAUAAAAAUAUAAGUGUUGCCGCAAAGCUAAUAACUCGAACGUUAAAUCUUCAUGGUAUGGAACAAACGGCAGAUCGAGAGAAAUUAGAGAAAGAACAAACGAAAAAAAAGUCCAUGUCAUGGUUAGACAAACUCUCGACCACAACUUUUGUCAAAGGUGAAAUUAUAGGAUCAGAUUCCAAAAUCAAGGAUCGUCAAGAUCUGAAUUCAUCAAAAGAAUCUGAAAAAUCAGCAGAAAUAACGUCAAAGAGGCCGUCGUUUGCUGAUCUGGAUAAACAGCGUCGUUUCGAACAAUAUUUAACCUUUACAGAAGCUGAAAAAAAGUAUAAAUUAACGAGUUUACAACCACUGUCAAUGACUGAAUGGGAGAGAGAUCAGGAGGCUGAUGAAUUCGAGAAGGUAGCAAAACUGUGCUCACGAAUCGAUGAUAAGACGGAAAAAGCUGAGGAAGAAAAGAAAGAAUUAGAAACAAAAGUGAAUCUAGAAAGUUUAAGUUUGCACGAGAGAAUGACUGCUGCAGCGAAACUUAAAAUGUUUGGAAAACUAACAAGAACGGAUGUUGAAUGGAAACCAGCGAAAUUAGUAUGUGUGAGAUUUAAUAUUGCCGAACCAUUUGUAGGAGUUGCAGAGGAGGGUAAACCCAAGAAAAAAUUCUCUAUCUUCGACUCACUUACCUGGAACGAGAUGGCGAAGUUUGAGAAGGGAAAGAAUUUAGAUUAUGAGUGCGAUCCAAGACCUUCCACGUCGUACGAAAAUGAAAAGCCUGUGGUCGAGAGACCAGAAAGAAAAUCAUCGACGGAAUUGAGGAAACAGGAAUUUGUUGAAGAAACGCCAAAGUCUAAGAAAAUGAACAAACCGGAAGAAUCAACAGCAACGGCGAAUCUAAACCCUCAAGAGAAGAAGGACCUAUUCAAGUCUAUUUUCCUGAGCAGUAGCGAAGAAUCCGAGUCAGAAAACGAACAGUCUAAAGAUAUAGACGAGGAGAAAUGGAAAGCCGCUCUGAUAGGCAACUCAGCAGCAGAACAAAAUACGCAACGCAAUACAUCGCCCCCUCGAGGUAUUUUUGCCAAACUUGAUCUAGACAGUAUAACUAAACGACCGGAUAAAAUGGAAAACAAAGUUGAAAAACAGAUUAUUGAGAAAAUGGAAGUAGACGAAGUCAAAGCGAUCCCAUCUGAUGUUUACGGUCCAGCACUUCCAACUGCACCAUUACCAGCACCACCGACAAGUGAAUCGGCAUUACCAAAACCUAGCAAAGAUGAAGUUUGGAUUGAGAAAAGUAAUAAAAAGAAGUCAAAGAAAGAGAAGAAAAAGCAUAAGCACAAGGAACGAUCAAAGAGUAAGAGUCGGAAAAAGUCGAAGAAGGAUAAGAAACAUUGAAUGUAACUGUAUAUUUGUUUCAGUGACGCGUGUGGACAAUUAUAUUGUACAGAAUCAUAUGAAAUUGGUUUUAGCGACGAAUGAUUUGUUCUUUCUUUUGUUUGCGAAACAGAAAAAGUCUAUGAAUAAAUAUUUU